GACGCACUUGGAUUACCGGGCAGUCAACUGUCACCGCUCAUAACGGCUACAGACCAGGCGCCCUGCCCCGCGCUCCUCUGCCGCGCGCACCGCCGGCCACUAAUUCAUCUCAUAAACAAGGAGAACAGAAACUGGGAAUCAGUCUCCGAGGAAGGACAACACACCGGGAACCUCCUCAACAUCUGUUUCCUCCGCUGGGGCUGUAGUUUCUCCAAUCUGUGGAAGUAAGAGAUUUGCCUGGGAGAGGAAGAUAUGAAGUUAGUGGGCUCCCUGUGGAUCCUUUGGGUUCUCCUGAUGUGCAGGGCUGCGGCAGGCGCUGAGCCAAUCUCAGACCCAUCGCUCACACCUGGACAGAGUAUGAUAGAGGGACAGAGCCAGGCGGUCAGCCAGGGUCAAUACAAAUGUCUCGAGCUGUCCAACAAAGACCACCAAGAAAAAAGAACCGGUAUGUUCUGUGGACGUAUGUGGGAUGGUUUGUUGUGCUGGAGUGAGACACCAGCUGGGACAUCUCUAACCCAAAACUGUCCAGAUCAUCUUGACCUGGACCCAACUGAAAAAGUGACCAAAUAUUGUGACGAAUUGGGUAACUGGGUUGAGACUGGCUCAACCUGUCAGUCAGCUUCAAAGGACAAAUUAGGGCUAUUUGGACAUUUACAUCUGGAUAUUGGUUUCCCCGAAGUCCUCCAUUUUUUAAGAGAUGCUGCAGGAGAGCUGAGUACAGAGGCCACAGACAUUAACACAGAAAGAGGCGGUGUUACAGAAAAAAUGAUCCUCGAGAAUGAAAAGAAAUGCCUCGAGAAAAUGAAGCAAGAUCCUACUCAUGAUAAAUCAGGUCUGCACUGCAGUCGUAACUGGGAUGGCUGGCUGUGCUGGGACGAUACUCCAGCGGGAGCCUAUGCCUCCCAAAACUGCCCCAAUUAUUUUUCGGACUUUGAUCCCACAGAAAAGGUAACUAAGUAUUGUGGAGAGGACGGGCAAUGGUUUCAACAUCCAGAGACCAAUAGGCUUUGGACCAAUUAUACACUCUGUGCAACCACCCAUGAGAGGAGACAGAGGAAAAUGAAAAUGCUUCAGAAUGAAUACGAAUGCCUUCAGAAAAUAAAUCGAGAUCCACCUUUGAACAAAUCAGGUCUGUACUGCAGUCGUAACUGGGAUGGCUGGCUGUGCUGGGACGAUACUCCAGCGGGAACCUACGCUUCCAAAAUCUGUCCUGAUUAUUUUUCCGACAUGGACCUCACAGAAAAGGCGACUAAGUACUGUGGAGAGGACGGGCAGUGGUUUCGCCAUCCAGAGAGCAACAAGACCUGGACUAACUAUACACUCUGUGCUGUCAACUUUAGGGAGAAGGCAGCAGCCCAGCUCUCAGGGGACACUGAGGUACAGCCCGUCAACGAGGCCACGGUCAGCCCCACGGUUAACCCAGAAGAACAGGAAAUAGUGCGAAAGAAAAUCCUCGACAGCCAGUACAAAUGCUUUGAGAAAAUGAAUCGAGAUGCACCGUAUAACAAAUCAGGUCUAUACUGCAGUCGUAACUGGGAUGGCUGGCUGUGCUGGGACGAUACUCCGGCGGGAACCUACACCUCUCAAAACUGCCCCAAUUAUUUUGUGGACUUUGACCCCACAGAAAAGGCUACUAAGUACUGUGGGGAGGAUGGUCAGUGGUUUCGCCACCCGGAUACUAACAGGACUUGGUCCAACUACACACUCUGCAACGAAAACACUAAUGCAAAACUGAAGUCAGCGUACAUCCUGUUUUACAUGGCAAUUGUGGGUCAUGCUUUAUCCAUAGCCUCCCUGCUUAUCUCUCUGGCCAUCUUCUUCUACUUCAGGAGUCUGAGCUGCCAAAGGAUCACCCUCCAUAAAAACCUCUUCUGCUCCUAUGUGCUCAACUCUGCCCUCACCAUCAUCUACCUGGUAGCGGUGGUCAACAAUCCUGACGUGGUGGGCAGAAACCCGGUUGGCUGUAAGGUGUUGCACUUCUUCCACAUGUACAUGCUUGGCUGCAAUUAUUUCUGGAUGCUCUGCGAAGGCAUCUACCUGCACACGCUCAUCGUGGUGGCUGUGUUUGCAGAGGAGCAGCAUCUGCACUGGUACUACCUCCUGGGAUGGGGCUUUCCACUGGUCCCUGCAUCCAUCCAUGCCGUGGCAAGGAAAAAGUAUUUCGAUGACAACUGUUGGAUGAGUGUGGAAACCCAUCUGCUCUACGCAGUUCAUGGUCCUAUAGUGGCAGCACUUCUUGUGAACCUCUUCUUCUUGCUAAAUAUUAUAAGAGUGUUGGUGACCAAGUUAAGAGACACGCACCGGGCAGAGUCCAACAUGUACAUGAAGGCGGUGAGAGCCACCCUGAUCCUGGUGCCCCUGCUGGGAAUACAGUUUGUAAUUUUUCCAUGGAGGCCAGAGAACCGGCUGGCUGGGGAGGUCUACGAGUACAUCAUGCACAUACUCAUGCACUACCAGGGUUUACUGGUGGCAACAAUAUUCUGCUUCUUCAAUGGAGAGGUUCAGGCAGCUCUAAAGAGACAGUGGAUGCAGUAUAAGACACAGUUGGGUCAGAGACGAAAGGACCACUGCUCAAUGCGCUCCACAUCCUACACAGCCACCUCCAUCACUGAGGUACCCGCAUUCAUGUACCACCACGACUGUAACAGCGAACACUUGAAUGGGCGCCACACAGAGGACUCUGAACUGGUGGCACUAAAAGCAGGAGAGACAUACGCAUGAGUCACACUGAGGAUAAAGAGUGUAGCGGUGGGAGCGGCCAAGGAGGAGCGGAGGAGAUGUAGCGUAAUAGUGGAAAAACAAAUCCCGCCAUAUCUCAGUGAUUAAAUCUCAGAGGCUAAUGCUGGUUUGUUCAGCCCAGGACGAUAAUACGGGUCUGGAAAUAAAGAUCAUCAUUGGGAUGGAGAUGGUUUAGCUGCAAGACUGACACUUUCAUUUCAACUUUACAUUUGUGUUACAGCUGCUUUUUCAGAACUUUGAUGUCGAGAACUUGUGGCAUGAGACAAGAGCUGCUUUUGACAUGUGUCACUUCCUAAAGCUGCUAAACUGUGUGAGCGUGCUCACAGUGACAGAGGCCUGCGCUGGAGUGGAGACGGAAUUAACUUUGACUGAGACAAUGACAGCCGGGGGGGUGAUAUUUUUCCGUGUGAGAUGAUGGUGGUUCUGGAUGCGACAGUGAUGAUGAUGAUGAUGAUACCAGUUAUGACUGACAUGACGAAGAGGUGAAUGACAGUUAUGAGGGUGUGUUGGUGAUGCUUAUCGAGGUGAAGUAGAAUCCUAUACCAAAGGGUACUGUAUGUUGGUCACAGCUAUGAAGGGGUGUACUGUGUCCAGAUGAGCACAGAUGUGGUACCCUGAAGCAAAAGACACACACUCACACACACAUGCACACAUCAACCAACAUCCCAAACCUGAUCAUAUGUGCCAUGAUAGAGGUCAAAACUCCUAAAGAUCCUCUGUGCUUAAAGCUCUGGAAAUGUGUACAUAAUCUAUGUUCACCAUGUUUUAUUUGAAAAAAGUGUUUUAUUUUUGUUUUCUAUUAAUAUUUUAUUCUUUCCAGUUCCUAAAUACGUGCUAAGUGUUCGUCCUGUGAUGCUGCACUCCCGACUGCUUUGUUGUUUUGCAGCUGCUGUAUUUGUGCCGAUGCCGAACAUCACAGGGCUGAGAAGCAAAAAGAAGCUAAAUGCACAUAUACACACACGGAAAAAAAAACAUGAAUAAAAAAACUUUAUUUUGAGGUUGAACAGCCACAAGAGUUGUUUCACUGAGUUAUAAGUCAAAUAUGCUAUCAGUUGUGCCAAUGAUUCUGACAGAGAAGCAGUUUCUCUGCUGCACUGUCUGAUUUUAUUCUCAAUCAUCCUUUGUCAUGCUCAUGAUGCCUUUAAUCUAUCUUCUGUUUGUUGAAAAUGUGAUAUUCUGUUUACUCCUUGCAUAUUUAUUCAUGAAAUUUGUAGCCUUUUGUAUGAAUGAGCAUCCACAGCAAAAGAAAUGCUCGCUAAAGAUGAGGUGAUGAGAGGAUCACACCCAUACAUGCAUCGAUUUAAAUUCCUCUCAUAAAGGUUCACAUCUUGCUCACAAUGUUGCACUGUCAACAAAACAAAUGUGUCUUAAACACAUUCAUAUAACUUACGUCAUUGUUGAUUUGUCAUAAGAUUUUAGAGGAUGAAAGUUAAGAAUUGCGCAUUUAAGUUUGAUUAUAAACACAAGACCACAAUGGAUUUACUUUCUGUCAGCAGCCAACAUUUCUAAACUACAUAUCCAAUAACAGACUUUUAAAUUAAGCCAGGGAAAAACAUUUAUUUUCCUACAGCAUAUAGCCAACAGCCAAUAAAACCUCUAGCUAGCUCAGACUACCUUAACAGAAAAUCUGAGUUAAUUACAAUCUUUGUAAAAGAUAGAUGACGGGAACAUCUUGAAGGAUGAGAUUGAUGGUAUUUUAUGUUGUUGUUAUUGUCAACAAAUCCCAUGAAAAGACAAAACCAACAAUGUUUCAGUCAAACUCUCAAUGCUUUCUGUUUGUGACGCUCAGCAUCAAGCCUGUUGGUUCCUACUGAAGACCUACAUGUUUGAAAAUUGUGAGGUUUUUAAAAAAGGUGCUGAGUAAUUUUCUAAAACAGCCUGUCACUUUAGUUUUCAGGAAAUGUGACUCAAACAGGAGUAAAUUUUGCUUUUGUUAGGAACUAUAUUCAGCUGUGGAUGAAUACUCAUUUGUAGCUCUAUAGUAUGUAGAAGGACGGUAUAUGUGGGACUGACACAACAUAAAUGACAGCGACCAUGUUUAUUGUUACAAAGAAACAAAUACAACAGUCUGGCUCAUUGAUACUUUGAUCGUUUUUGGACAAAAAUUUACUUGAAUCAGAUGAAUAUGAUUUAUAAGGCUCUGCUUACACGGACAUUACUUGUCAGAAGGACUGAUUCAUUUUGGACUUCUGAACAUUUUGGUCUUUUCAUCUUUUCAUGGGGCAAAAACAAGAAUCUAGAAAAUGACAAGACUUUUCAAAUGAUUUUCAAAAACCUAAUUUGGCUGACAUGACAUUUUAAUUUUUACUUUCAGACUCACUAUUCACUACAUUUUCUGACUACUUGGGUGCUACUGUGUUAUUAUCUGUUGAAUGUGUGGUCAUCAUUUUUGUGAUAAUUUUUUAGGUUUCUUGUCAUUGUCAACUGGAAUAACUGUUUGACAGGGAUUUGUAGGAGAUAUUGAGGGUUAUAAUGAAGUGCAGUUGAAAAUGUAUAUCCAUGGACCUCUAUAGUGAACCUAAGAUGAGAUUGCACAUUUAACAGUACAGAAUAGGGCUGUGAAUGUGUGUAAUGUAUUGAUUUAUUAAUUAACAUUAAUAUAUAAUAAAAUAUAAAUUAUUAAUAUAAUUAAAUAUAUAUUGUGAACAUAUGUUUUCUGCAAGAUAGAUACACAAAAUCACAUUCAAAUAUGUAAUGGAGGUUUAUCUGGGAAGAAAUCUGAACAUUCACCACUGCGAGCUAAUAACAUUAAAUUAGUCUAAUCAGGUCACCAAAUCAAAUCAUAUCAAUCAAAUUAUCAAAGUCACAGAUGCAGCUCUUUACUUGCUGUACAGUAAAUCUGCAAUUUAGCCAACAGCAAGUUCAUGAUCAGCACACGCUUCACUUUACAAUCGACCCUUAAUCCCCUCUUGAAUAAAAACAGAUUUGGACCUAUUGCAAUACUAUAUUUCUAUGACUUUGCUGUUAUAGCCAGGUAUAAGCAGGAAACGGAGAGUGACAAUCAAUAUGAGCAAAUGACAUCAUCGUCCUAUGAUGGCAGAGUAGGUUUAGUACUAUACAUAUUCUCGUGAAAUUUUAAAGUAUAUUAUUUAUUUUACUAUAAGAUUCAUCUUCCUCUCCAUCUUUAAAAUGGUGAUUUGCCUUGGACACUGUAAGACAUGUUAUCAAUCCUUUGGGUUUGGGGAAGCCAGAUUCUGUAUAUUUUGUAUGUUCAUGCCCAUGUAAAUAUGAGCAGAUACUGUGUAUAUAAUAGAUUUUUGCACUGUGAAAUAUUCUGACAGCUAUUUUUGUUACGUUUCUGUCAUUCAUUUUGGCUUGUAACUGUCUCUUUCUCCCUCUCAGCUCAGACCGGCAUCAUCUCAAAGCUGAUAAAAAAAACAAACAAACUGCAGUUUGUAAAAGCCAGA